AUGGUUAGAGUCUCUAGAAGUUUAAAUUGGCAUCAGUCAAAUUGGUUAUUGAAAAAUUAUCCCAAUUCACAGAAUACAAAAUAUGAUUAUCCUUCUCGUAAAGCUUAUACACCGCCCCUUCAUAAUAAUGUGACAAAGCAUAAUAAAUUAAGUAAUGAAGAUAUUGAAAAAAUCAAACAAACUUUUUUAAUUAGAAUAAAAGAACUAGACCCUUCCAUUACCAUCAAAGAAUUACCAGAAAUUACAAAUGAAUAUCGAAAAAGAUUCCUACAAAGAUUCAUCAUUCCAUCCAGUAAAUGGUUUAAUUCUAUAGAAUGGGAUUCUCGUACGAUUACUCCUAAAUUUUCCAAAUAUAUGUUGAAUUCUACGUUCAGUUUUGAUGCCUGGUAUCAAAAGAUUAUAUCAAAUUCAUUCAAUUUAACUUUCACCAAACAUUCAUUAGAAUUAGACCCAUUGAAUAUAGGUGACUUAAUAUUAUUACCGGAUUCGUCAAACUUAUUAAUGUGUGUCGAUAUACCGCAUAAUACAAAGGAUCCAAGGUAUACUUUUGCCUCUAGUGAUGGUAAAUUAUUUUUCAAAACAAGAAGUAAUAUUCCACUUAGAAUACCCAAUAAGUUGCCAAAUUAUUUAAUGGAUUCUAGACUUUUAUUCACUGAAUUCGAUCAUGGCAAUAAUUCCAUCGGCACAAUUAAAAAUACUCAAAAUAUUAAAAUCUUAUUACCAAUCAUUGCUAGACAAUUGGUAGUGCGACCAAUCUUGAAUAAUUUAAAUAAAUCUGCCAAUGAUAAAUUAUCAAUAAUUUUAAAAAAAUUAGAAUUGAUUCAUAGAUUAAUUCAAAAUGGUAAUGGGCCGUAUCAAAUUUCUUUUUUCAAAUUAAUUAAAUUAAUUGAUAUUUUAAAUUUAAAUGAUUUCGAUAAUUCAAAAAAAUUUGAUAUUAAUUUAAAUUUUUCAAAAUUGUUAUCAUCCAAUGAAAUUGAAAGUUUAAAUUCAUCAACCGAGAUUGAUGCUUCCACGUUUUUGGCCACUUACUGGGCUAUAAGAUUACAGCAACAAGAUUUUCUUUGGGGUAAAAUACAAGUAAAUAAAGCUCUAUUGUCUCCAAUAUCAGUCACCGUGUUACCUUUGGUAUUAUAUCAUAAUUACUAUAAUAAUUUCCUACAACGUUCGAACAAUGCUAUAAAAAAUGGUAAAUCGUUACUAGAUUCAUUUAUUGAUGAUAUUAAUAAUCAAUCUACUACUAAUACUACUAAUAAUAAUAAUAAUACCACUAUCAUUACCACUACUACCACUAAUAAUAAUAAAUUGGAUUCAUCAAAAAAUAUCUCUCAAAAUUAUCCCGAAUUUAUUAAUAUUUUCCAAAAUUAUUGUGCAGGCAAUUUCGAUGAUAAUUCAAAAAUUAUUGCGUUAAUUUCAAAAAUAUUAAGAAGAUUAACAAAGUUUAAAGAUUCGGAUCUUACGAAGGAUACAUGUAAGGAGUUAUUAGAUUUAUGCACUUCAAAAGGCACUUCAAAAGGCACUUCAGGAGACGCUUCAGGAGACGCUUCAAGGAACACAUCUAAGGACUCUUCACAGGGCACGUCAAAGGAUACGCCGAAUGGUAUUAAUAAUCAAGAUCCCCAAUUUAAUUUACUGCAUAAUAAUAUAGAAAUUGCGUUACCAAACUCCUCCAAAUUAACAAAAGAUCAAACCUUAUUUUAUAAUUUAAUUGAGCCUCCUAAAUUAACUCAGUUUUCCAAAUUUCAUCAUGAUUUUAACGAUUUGAAAGUAUAUUGUAUUGAUUCUGAGACAGCUCAUGAGAUUGAUGAUGGAAUUUCCAUCGAAAAGUUAAACAAUAAUCUCUUCACUUUACAUAUUCAUAUUGCAGACCCUUCUUCCAUAUUUCUUAAUCAUGAGAAGAACUCGGAUAUCCAAAAUUUAUUAAAUAUGGCACUUUCCAAAAGUUUUACCACUUAUUUGCCUGAUCUAGUAUCUCCAAUGUUGCCAAAAUCAUUUUGUAAAUUAUCAGAUUUAGGUUAUGAUAAUCAAAAGACAGCUACAAUCUCUUUCUCAGUAAACGUGGAAGUCGAUUCCAAUAAUGAAUCUAUUAAAAUUUUGCAUAAUACUUUCAAAGUAAGGUUAGGUAUAGUUUCAAAAUUCCCUUCAAAUACAACUUAUGAUAAUGUAGAUAGAAUAUUAUCUAAUUCUACUGAAGAAAAUUUAAAAUCAGGUGUGACAUCUGAUAUUCAAAAUGAUUUACGAAAUCUUUCUCAAAUUUCUAAUCUUUUAAAAAAAAAUAGAAUUCAAAAUGGUAAUGCUGUAAUAUUUGGUGAAGGCUUCAAUAAAGGUUUGGUUACUUUAAGUUGCUCCAAAGAUGGAGGUCCAGUUAUAAAUUUCAAGGAUCAAAAUGAUACUAAAUCAGUGACUUUGGUUACUGAAAUGAUGAUACUGGCAAAUUCUUUAGCUGCCAGACUCUUUAAAGAGAAUAAGAUCCCAGGUAUAUUCCGUUGUUAUCAUGAAUUACAUUUGGCUAAAAAGGCCCAAUUAGAAUUUGAUAUAUUAAGAGAGAAUAUUAAAGUUAAUUCACACUUACCUAAUAUUAAAGAAAUCAGCAAAUUUGGAUCAUUAUUAAAUUCAAGUUUUUAUACAGACUUACCACUCCCACAUCAGAUGAUUGGAGCUGCAAAUUAUUUAACUGUAACUUCACCAUUAAGAAGAUUCCCAGAUCUUGUAAACCAUAUGCAAAUUCAGCACUUCAUAAAAAAGAAACCAUUCAAGUAUUCAACAACUGACAUACAAAAGAUGUUACCAAUUAUCCAAUCUCGUGAUAUCAUUAUUCGAGAAUUAUCGGGGAAAUGUAAUAAAUAUUAUUUGUUAAAUUAUUUGAAGGAGCAAAUAAAAAAGAAUCCGAGUCAGACUUUUGACGUAUUAAUAACAUCUGUUUCGAAUUUAGGAUUUAUUCAUUGUAUUUUGCCUAAUUUCUCUUCCUCUAUGGGUAUCUUGAAAUUAAAACCUGAUUUAGAUUUUACUCCAUCUAUUGGUGAUGUUAUUAGAAAUUGUAAAAUAGAUAAAAUAGACGCAUUAGAUGGGCGCUUAGAUUUCUCAAUGGUUUAA